UAAUAUGGAGAUGAGAGCAUACCGUUGAAACUAGUGAAUAGGACAAUAGGGUUUUUACCUGUUUUCAUUUUUUUUAAAUUUUUUUUUAGUACUUAACAGUAUUAAAUAAAUUAAAUAUAAACGAAUGGCUGUUUAACCAAGCACUUACUCUCAAGAAAACUUAUUAAAACUAUUUGGAUACAUAAAGAAACAUGACCCAUUCAAGGUUGCAUUUUAUAUUUCAUAUAUUUCAUUUUUUUCAAAUUUUUUAUUUAUUCUUUUGAACGUUGAGUUUCUAGAAAAAACAUGUCAGACAACAAUUUCAAAUCUAAAGAUAUCGGGUUUAUAGCCCAGAAGAAACUUUUAAGUAGAAUGGCAAGUAAAAAUAUAGCUAAAGUUUUCAUCGAUGAUGUAUCUGGAAACUUGCUAGACAAUGUAUAUAGAUUGGUAAAAAAUCAAAGUGGUAACAAGAAAGAAGCUGAAAAAGUGGUUAAAAAUAUAAUAAAGAUUGUUGUGAAAAUUGGAGUUCUGCAUCGUAAUGGACAGUUUAAUUCCGAAGAAAUAAAAACUGCUGAGAGAUUUAAACAGAAAUUUCAUUCGACAGCCAUGGCAAUCAUAAGUUUUUAUGAAGUAGAUUUUUCAUUUGAUAAAAAUUUCCUCACACAAUCUCUAAAUAACUGUAGAUCAUUAUUAAAAGAACUUGUCGUGAGACAUCUCACUGAGAAAUCAUUAAACAGGAUAGAUCAUGUAUUUAAUUUUUUCACAAAUCCAAAUGUCUUAGAUGAUGUGUUCAGUCUUGACAGCAAUCAUAAAGAACUAUUGGGGAAAAUUGUUGCAGAUAUGCAUAAAUUGUUAGAAGAAGGUUCUUUAUAAAUUAUGACAGCACCACACAUAUAUAUAUAUAAUUAAUUUUGCUUUGUGAUUUGUAUUACAUAAUUAAAUUUACACAUACAUACCAUCAAACACAUAUGCAUUUAUAUAUAUUCCAGAUCUUUACAUAUAUUAUGAGGCACAAAUUUGCACUUAAGAUUUUUGAAUUUGCUCAUGCACAUUUAUCAACAUUACUGAAUUAUGUUAUUUGGUAAUUUAUAUUCUUAUAUACCCACAUUAUGCAUUUAAAUUUUAUAUUUUGACUUCUUGACAAUACAGUUUGUUUGUUUUGAUUCUUCUUUUUCUUGGGUUCUGUUGUUAUAAUUUGAAUAAGUUUUUUAAAAUUUUAGGAAAAUCUAUUAGCAAUAAAAAAAAAUAUGGUAGUUUUUUCAUAUUUUUAGUUAAAUGUUGAUGGCAUUUGAAUCUACACAUUUGUAGUUACAAGUUUUUGUUUUUUGAUUGUUGUUACAUAUAUAUUUUUUUUUUUUGUCAGAUAUCAGCAAGAGUUUUAUACACAAUUAAUGUAAUUUGGCUAAAUUGUGGCUGCUAGCUGUUAAGAAAUUUUAUUAACAGGAUAAAAACUUUAUAAAAUUGUCUCCAGUAAUUUGUAAUUGUAAAUAGUUUUGAUAUUUAUAUUUAAUUGUAAACAUAUCCAAAUUAUACCAAAUAAGGAAAAAUCCAAGCUAUAAAAAUUUAAAGUUAUAACUUGAUAACAUUUUAAUAUAUAAAUGAAGAUUGCUAAUAAUAUGCAAAUAAGAUUAAUGUGUCUUAUGAAUAUGAAGACUAAAGUAAUAGCUUCGUAGGUUUGAAUAUAGAAAAUAAUUAUUUUCAAAAUUAUUAAAAGAAGUUGCUAAAUUUAACAGACCAUUACAUAAAAUCAUAAUUUUUUUACAAUGUGAUAUUGAUUUGCUCAUCUUUACCCUUCUAUGAUAAGGCUUUAAUUUAAGCAAUAACAAGUAUUUCCUAGUUACAAGAGAUUAUUAAGACAAAAAACUAGCACAACAGUCUAAAAGAUGGCCAAAAACGUUCGAGCAUUAAAAUUUUUUGUUCAUUCAGUGCUGGAAUUAGCAUUUAGGUGUUAAUUGUUGUGUUGAGAUUAUUAAGUUUUUAUUCAUUGAUACAACUGCAAUGAAGUAUACAAACGAAG